AUGAUNACUAUAUAAAUACCUUAAAGACCUAAAUUUCUUGAAAACCAUUUCUAUGCUAAAUCUGCUGGAAUGCAAUAAUGUAUGGCACCUCCAUAGUUUUGUUCACAACCGAGACCAAUGCCAAUGUGCUCACCAUGCAUGCAAAUAGUACCACUUCGGCCAUUUAUGUGUUCACCUAUGGAAAAUUUGCGAUUAGAAUAAUGUGCAGAAAUGAAGGAUUUCCCUAUGCAAAUGAAUGCACAACUUCAACUACAAAAAUUAUCAGAUAUAAAGAAAGAUGAACUAAAUGUUAAGCUCUCCUAUAAUUAAUUGAUUUAAUUCGCAUAAGCAGAUGGAAGUUUCAAGAUAAAUAAUGAUAUUUAAUUAAAAAUAAACUUUAAUAACUUAAACAAUGAAUAAGGCCUAAAAGAUGAUGUAUGGAAUACUUUGCUAAUUUUACUUUAUUUAGAAAAAUAUUGUAGUGAAGACAAGAAAUCAUGGCAAUUAGUUUUUUCCAAAGGUAUUUUAUAUUUGAGUAAGCACGGAAUAAACUACACGGAAAAGAAAUUAGAAUAUGAGCAUUCAUAGGCAUGA